AACUAUGAAUAAUAACAAAACUAAUUUAAAUUUAAUAAAACAAAUUUUAAAUAUUUUUUUUUUAAAAAUGAAUUGUAAAAAAAAAAAUUAUUUUAUUCCACAAACGUUUAAUAUUCCACAAUGAAAAAAUGAAUACACAACAAAAAAAAUGAAUAGUAAAAAAAAAAAACUAUUUUAUUCCACAAACGUUUAAUAUUCCACAAACUAUAAUAUUCCACGAACGUUUUUUUACAACAAUUAAUUGCAGUUUAAUGUUUUCCGCCUUAUCUGUUUUAAAUGACGCCUUAUCUGUUUAAAAUAAACUUUUGAACAACAGCAACUUAAAAUAACAAUUCCGUUAAAGCAAAAUUAGUGCUAAAACUAACAUCAUAUAACUUCAAAUUGCCCUGUCUACACAGGGCCGGAUUUAGGUGGGGGUGUCGGGUAUUUGUAGCACCCCCCUACUUCAAUUAUUUAGUCAGUUUUAGUCGGCAAAUUUGACAUUUUGGAUCCAGUCGGCAAAUUUGACAUUUUGGAUCAACUUGGCAAUUAUUGCAUAAAACAUUUUGUCAUGGGAUAAAAUAGAUAUAACUCAAAUAAUUUGAUAAUAUAAUUUUGUUAAUCGACAAGUUUUCUUGUUUAUAAAAUUUGAUACUUUUCGUCGUGUAGUUUGCAUUUUGCUUAUUAUCUAAAACCUUAGAUGUGGUUAUAAACGAAUUGUUAAAUUGUUAACGAAUUGUUAACCAAUUAGUUGUGGUUAUAAACGAAUCAAACCGAUUUAUCUUAUCAGUUGUGUUAUCAGAAAGCAUAGAUAAUAUAUUUUUUUAAUUAUCUGUCAGAAAGCCAGUUUUUAUUUAAAUUCUAUUAAUCUGCUGUGUUUAUUGAUUUAUUGACUUCUCGUUUUAAUAUCUUAAUAAGUGAAUAUGAUUACUUAUAGAUGGAUAAAAGUAAAAAAAGAAAAAGAACAAAAGUUGAGUGUUUAACUUGCGGUAGUGUAUUUGAUGAUGUCUAUAAGACGAGAUAUGAAAUUAAAGAACAUGCAGGUAAAAAAGUUUUGGUCAAGCAUUUUGGAGCACCCGAAAAUCCAUUUACAGCUGCAGCUGCUAUCGCCAAACAAAAGAAUGACCGAGCACACAGUGAAAAAAAUAAAUUUGAAUGUCAUGAAAUUGAAGAAUGUACCAGUAAUCAUAAAUCCCCUUCACUGACUUCGAAUUCUAUACAAAUGAAUAGUGCUAGUGAAGAUGAACAAAAUAAAACAAAAUUGUUGGAUAAAUCUACUGUAGAAAUGAAUUGUAAGAAUAAAGAUGAACGAAAUAUAUUGGUAUGUAUUAUAUGAUAUUAUUUUAAAAUCUAUUUAAUGUAUGAUACUAAAAAUCAACUCAAAGUCAAUUUUAAAUUUAUUGUUCUAUUACCUAUACUAGUUUAAUCAUUUUUAGAAUUAAUCUCAUUUAUUUACAAUGAAUCUCAUUUAUUGAUAAAUUAUGAUGAGCAUGGCAAUAAUAAAGAGACAGAUUUAGGUAAGUUUUAUUUUUAUAUAUACGAUUUUAUAUAUGCGAAUCGCGAUUUGC